AGAAAGAACAGUAGUGAGUUUGUCCCAAAGCCAAUGGGGAUCAAGUAGAUAAGAUGGUAUGUGCUUAUUCAUUGUCAUACGUACAUAGAUACACAUGCUUUAGCUGGUAAACCGAGCAAGAAAGAAGGAGCCAAUAAUGGCAGGUGGUAUGGAGAAUAUAGGGCGGUUUGUGGGAAUCGCAAUGGUGGUUCUGGCUCAGGUUUGCAGUUUUAUAUUGAACAAAAGGGCCAUGUCCAAAGGACUCAGUGAAUUCGCUCUUGUUAUCUACUCUUAUUCUUUUUCCAUUCUCAUCCUUCUUCAUUCUUCUUUCCUCUUUCACAGGUCAGAGCGACCUCCACUCAGUCUUUCUGUCCUUUCCAGCUUGUUCUUAAUGGGGGGCUUAUUGGGUUUGUGAAAUGCCUCUAUGUCAAAUUAUAUGCAAAGAGUUUUGCCUGAUUGAUUUUCAGUAGUUUUACUAGUAUAGCUUUGUAAUUUACUCAAAUUUGGACUUAGUUCUUCUUCAAUUGAAGAUUCUUCUCUUUUUCCUCUGUUAAGAAAACGCAGAGGUUUUGGACUGUUGAUGGGAAAUGCUGGUUUACAGUACAGUUCUGUUACACUUAACUCUGCCAUGCUCAACCUCAUUCCAGCUUUUACUUUUCUACUUGCAUUAGCUUUCAGGUUCCUCUUCAUUUUCAUCUGUAUAUGAUAAAUAUAGCAGUUUGAGUUGAGAAAUUAAACUUUGCUAAUUGCUGCUAGUUUUUUUUUUUUUAUUUUUUUUUUAUUUUUUUUUUUAAAAGAAAAAAAAGGUGCUUAUAUCAAAUAAAGGAAAUAUGUAAUUGUAAUCCAUUCAUCUUAAGAAUGUCCUGGAUUUUUGUUUUAUGGUAAAUUAUAUAUAAAGGAUGGAAAAAUUGAAGUUGAAGAGCUCAAGUAGCCAAGCUAAAUCUCUAGGAACUCUAGUGUCAAUAGCAGAAGCAUUUGUUGUGACCUUCUACAAAGGCUCACCCAUCAUUAAGGCUCGUACCCUUUUCGUAUCGACCCAUCAAUUUCUCGUCUUUACCACAAUCACAUUGGAUCCUUGGAGGUUUUCUCCUUGCAGCUGAAUCUUUUACAACUUCAUUAUGGUAUAUUCUGCAGCUUUGCUUCUUUUUACUCCUCAAGUAUGUACAAGUUUUAAAUAACUUGCAUCAAUCCUAAAGAAGUAGCCCGCAGUGAUGAUCACAGUUGCCUUUUGCUGCUUCUUUGUGUCUAUGGAAAUUUCAUUAGUCUCGCUGAUUAUAAUAAAAGACCCAAAUGCCUGGAGAUUACAAUUCGAUGUCACAUUGGUUGCAGUUUUAUUCUCUGGAAUUGGAAAUGCAUUCCGUGGCGGCGUGAUUACAUGGUGCCUAAAGAGAAAAGGGCCUUCAUAUGUCUCAAUAUUCAAACCCCUUGCACUUGUCAUUGCAGACGUCGUCGAUGUAACAUUUUUAGGAGAAGGUCUUUAUUUCGGAAGCUUGGUUGGUGGAGUUGUUAUUGUCGCUGGUUUUUAUGCUGUGAUGUGGGGCAAAGCCAAAGAAGAGAAAUCACUCAAGAAUACUGAUAAAGUUGAAUGCUUGGAUUCAUCCGAUGAAAGUUCUCCUCUUCUGCAGAAUAGGCAGUAGAGACACAAAAUAUAUAUCUAAUUAUAAAAUUAUUAAUGUAGAAUUGAAAAAAAAAAAAAAAAGAAAAAAAAAAAAGAAAAAAAAAAAAGGAAGAGAAAGAAGAUUUGCAGAAUCAGAAGUUGCCAUUGUUGUUGGGAAGUAGAAUUAAUGGUGGGUUGUUUUAGACUGUGUUUCUUCAAGACAUUUAUUGACUCAACAAGCUACAAAUUGUAUUCAAUGGCAAAAGUAAAAAUUUCUGAAAUAAUAUGAUUUUAUUUCAUUUAUUUA